UGCUUCCGGUAACCUAAACACACUUACCUAGCUUCUCGUCAAGGUGUAGGAUUAACACCUUUGUAACUUAACCUAUAACAAUGAGAUGAAAGAAACAGUGAACAAUGGCGAAACAGUACGAUGUACUGUACAAAGUACUUCUUGUCGGAGAUUCAGGUGUUGGGAAAACGUGCUUGAUAUGUAGGUUCGCUGAGGAUGAAUUUCAUAAUGACCAUCUCUCUACAAUCGGGAUUGAUUUCAAGCUCCGGACCAUUCUGUCUGAUGACCUCAAAGUCAGAAUUCAAGUUUGGGAUACAGCUGGACAAGAACGCUAUGAGACUAUUACAAAACAGUAUUAUAGGCGAGCACAGGGCGUUUUCUUGGUGUAUGACAUUACCAAUCCUACUUCAUUUUAUAACAUUACCAAAUGGUUAAACUUCACACGGGAGUUUGCUGACAGCAAUGUUAGUGUAAUGCUACUCGGCAAUAAAAGUGAUAAAGCAAAGAGAAGAAAAGUGACCAGAGAGCAGGGAAUUAGGCUUGCCAGGGACCUGAAUAUAGAAUUCUGUGAAACAAGUGCCAAAUCAAGGGAGAAUAUUGAUCUGGCCUUUGCAAGUCUUGCACAACAAAUUACCAAGUGUCAAAAGGCUCGUGAGACUGUUUGUGUAGAUCUGGACAUGUACACAAUUACAAACGACACUAGUCAGCUGAUACAGAAUGAAUCUGAAGGGAAGAAUAAUUGGUGCUGUGUUAUAUUGUGAUAUAGAGGAUAAUAUUUAUUUUAUGAUGUAUGACAGUUGUAUUCAAUGUGGCAAAAGAACACUUUUGACCAGAGAGGUAGAAAAGAAGUUGCAUUUUUAACAGCAUUCCUGACAGAGUUGGCUAUGAAAAUUUGGGGUAAAUCUGUUUCAGAAUCUUUUUUUAUGAUAUGUCAGUUAUGUUGGCUGUACUUAAUAAGAAAGUAGUAAAGUUGAAUAAUUUUAAAACAUUUCAAUAAGAAAUAUUAAAGCUGAGAUAACAGUCAUUUCAAAUGUAAAAAUAAGCAAGACUUUAUAGUGAGACAUGCAUGGUUCAAGCAAGUUCAUAAGCCUAAAAGUCUUUUUUCUUUUUGCCAGCAUGAGGGCUUUUUACCUCUGAAAUUGCUGUCUUGUGAUGGUAUUUAAUAAACCUCAGCUGACUCUAAACUGAUUUUAUCUCUCCGUGAAAGUUCUCUUCAAAAGUUGCCAAAAUCUCAAAAACAUGACGAUUUUCAGUAAAAGUUUGAAAAACAUGUUUCAGAUGUUAUUCUCUUCACUAUUUUUAAAUACUCUUUUUGUGGAGGUUGUUAAAUAGUUGAUAGAAUCUCAAAAACAUUUUAAUGUUUUGAGAAAGUCAUAAAUGUAGAAAUAUAUAUAUAGAAGGUGUUACUUUUAAAAACUAUUUUAAAAUAUGGCUGUGGGGGUUUUGUAUCUAAGGGAUCUGAAUCAAAUGUGAUAUUUAUUUUUUUAUAUUAACCAGGUGAGUUGAUUAUAUAUUAUGAUCACUAUGCUGUAAUUAUUGGCAUUUGGUGUAGGUUUAGGCAUUGGAGACAGUUGUCUGCUUCCAUAUUACCAAUUGUGCAAUUAGACAUUGGUGAAGGAAUUUGUUAGGGUGGAUCAGAACAAUAAUUUUUAUCAGAAUGAAUUAUCACUGGGUAGAUUAUAUAUAGGACUUAUAUUGACUCCCCAGACAUUUUAUUGUCAAGGGUUGGUCAGGAAUAAAAACUAUUUGUGAGAGUGGAACAUUUUUAGUUAAAAAUGGUUUUGAAAAAAUGUUGAUUGCUUUCAGCUUUAUUAAACAACUGCUUAAUCAAAAUUUAUUAGUAUUUAUGCAAAGCUUUGGAAUGUAGGUAUUUGUAAAUACUGUGAUUUUAGCUGGUGCUUUAUAUACAUAAUAAUAUGAAUAGAUAGUUGUGAGAAUUGAUAUUUUAUUUUUAAAAGUAUCAUACCACCUUAAAGAUGUAUUUUAUUACUCUCUCUAGCAAGAUCAAGUUCAGAAAGUGAGGUUGCUUUUUUCUCUAUGCAUAUAAUUGUUAUUGUUUUCUUUUUGUUAAAUUGUUAUCACUCUUGAUAAAAUCUGAGAGUUUCAUUCCUCAAAAGACAUUCUUAACAAAGUUGUGUGUUGGUGAGGGUUUCAGCUUUUAAUAACAAGUGCCAACAUUAGUUAAAAUGACCGCAAAACUGAUUUAACUGCUGAAUGUUUCACAUUCCAUAUAAUUAAUAAAUAAGCUUGUACAAAGUUUUUUAUUAACUUGUUGGUAUACACAUUACUAGUACAGGCAAUAUGUUAAAUUACAUAUAUUUUUUUUCUGUAUUGUGUAACCAAAAUUCUCAGUCUGACUUUCAGAGUUAACUGGAUACUUUACAAUACCCUCUACCACAGAUUGGUUUUUCACUAGAAACUCACAGAUAUGUCUCUUGCUAAUUCAUGAAAAAAAUUCUACUCCAUCGAGAGUUUAGAAUUGAUGUCAUCACUCAUUUGGCCUGUAGUAUAAAUUACAAUGUAGAUCUACCAUCAGUAUGCCAUUAAUGGAAGCGGCAGGGGCACACUGAUACCAGAGGUUUAUUCCCAGUUAACUCUAAAACUCGGGUAGAACUUCUCUAUUGUAACGGUGUUCAUUCCUAAUGAAGCACAUAUACUCUUAUUUGACAUAUGCUUAAAAGCUAAAGCAUACAGCUGAUUAAUGGAUCUCUAACUUUUAGAUUACAAUUUAAAUAUGAAGUGCAAUUACUAGUUCCUGCUUUGGUUUUACGUCUAAUAAAGGCAUA